AUAUAAAAUUUAUUGUCUCAGUAAUUACAAAAACUUAUUCCAACAACACUUGAAUUAUGCAAACAAAAACAUGCGAACCUAGAUAAAAUGCUUUCAUAAAACAAUAUGCUCAAAAAAAUAAACGUUUGGAGGGUGCUUAUUCCAUACGACUAUUAGGAUUACAGAUUAGGCCUAAUCCCAGCUAUACUUGACAGAAAAUACGCCCACAAUUGGUUCCAUUUGUGACACAACCUUCAUUAGAAAAAGCUUUGUCAUUCCUUGAAAGUCACUUAUACGUGAAACCACUAUGAGUUCACACCUACCCCUGACAAGUACGCACAUAAGAAACAAUCUUCUGAUUUUGAACGACAAUUUUGACAUGCUAUACAUUAUUCCCAACAAGCAUGGGAAAAAGGGUCAGCAAACUAAAUCAACAGGUUUAAAGUGGACGUACCCACACGGAAGCGGUCGUGCGGGUAAGCGGUUUCUUUAAGAGAAGGGAGGACCCCUGUGCCCUCAGAAAAACCAGGAAGGGAGUUCCGCAUCAUACGGGGCUUUACUGCACAUACAGUUACAGUAAGGGAAGCAGGAGUAGCACUGGUCACAGAGUCGGCUAGUGAGUCCAAAAAGCAUCUAACUGCGACCCGCACCGGUGGUGGUCCCGGGACGGACAGCAGACAUAGACUUCAGAAGAUGGCAGGUGGUGUAGAUGGACCCAUCGGCAUCCCGUUCCCCGAACAUAGCAGUGAGAUCCUCAUCAGCCUGAAUGAGCAGAGGAAUAACCAUCUACUUUGUGAUGUGAUCAUUGUUGUGGAUGACCGCCAGUUCCACACACAUCGCUCAGUACUGGCAACCUGCAGUCGCUACUUCAAGAAGCUCUUCACCUCAGGGUCUGCAGUAGACCACCGGAAUGUCUAUCAGCUAGACUUUGUGUCUGCAGAAGCCCUAUCUGCUCUUUUAGACUACACUUAUACAGCCACUCUAACAAUUAGCACUUCCAAUGUCACAGAGAUUUUAAAUGCAGCAAAACUACUGGAGAUUGAGGCUGUAAAGAAUGUGUGCACAGAUCUUUUAGACAGGAAUAUUCUGGACAAAAGUAACCAGAAAGAUUUAGUAGAUCAAAUUGAUCAAAAGAACUCCAUCAAAGCCCAAGAGUACUUGGAGUUCUUCCAGAGAAAUGCUGCAAAUGGUCACAGUGCUGGCCAGCAGUGGACCAACCACAACUUACAAGAUCCUCAACAUAUAAGCUUUAGAAACCAUGCAAAUGAAGGUGCUGAAUGCAAUGGGCUUAACAUUUAUUCCCAUCCCUCUGCAAAUGACAUACCAAAGCUCAGAGGCCCUGAAAUGAAAGGCAGCAAGUUCAGGAGACCAUUAUGGUUAGACAGACAAGAUGUUGAGAGGCCACUCUAUGUGCCAUCUCAGAAUGGACAUUACUGUCUACAGAGCCUUCAGGCAGGUGAUGAUGAGGAUGAAGAGGACGAUUGUCUCAUGGAUCACCAAGCUACAGCUGAAUGUCCCAGCAUCAGCACUAAUGUGACACCAAAGGAACAAGAGACUAAGGCAACAGACCCCAGUAACCUGACUGCAAGUGCAUUACUUCAGCAGAUGAUGAACUCAGUGGAACGGGAGCAGUGCAGUGGUGAUGGAAAAGAUGAAGAAGCUGUUGUUGGCUAUUACUUGAAAUAUUUCAACAGUUCUCAUGGGAGUGAAAUUUAUCCUCCUUGGUCACAGAAGGCUGAGAAAAAGAUACGGGCUAAGGCAUUUCAGAAGUGUCCAAUUUGUGAUAAGGUAAUCCAGGGGGCUGGCAAGCUGCCUCGUCACAUCCGUACCCACACUGGAGAAAAACCCUAUGAAUGCACCAUAUGCCAAGUUCGAUUUACAAGGCAAGACAAAUUGAAAGUACACAUGAGAAAACACACAGGAGAAAAACCGUACUUGUGCCAACAGUGUGGGGCUGCUUUUGCUCACAACUACGACUUGAAGAAUCACAUGCGUGUGCACACAGGGCUGCGUCCUUACCAGUGUGACAGCUGUUUCAAGACUUUUGUCCGCUCAGACCAUUUACACAGGCACCUUAAGAAAGAUGGCUGUAAUGGUAUCCCUUCCAGAAGAGGGCGUAAGCCACGCAUGAGGGAUGCCAGCAACUUGACAGGUCCAGCAGCAAGUGUAGAGGAUGGAAAUUUCAUAGAGGGGGCUGUGAUGCCAGCAGCCAGGGAGACCCUGAAAAAUGGCCAAGAAAUGCACUUUGAAGAUACUUCUAACUAUGAAAACUCAGAGAGAUUGUGUGUGGAGGAUAAAAAAGGACUGUCUUAAACCAAAAACAGUACAAAAUCAGGGUGUCACAAAACCUAAUUAGCAUUUUCCUUCACUUUUCACUGACUUCAUGCCCCCAGUUAUCUCUGUGUAGUGCAUGAACCUGUUAGUAUGACUAAUGGAUUCAUGUUUCAAGUUUCAUGUUAACAUCAUCAUCAGGAGGUUCAUUGCAUGAAAUGAUAGCAUAGCCAUGUCCGGUAUAUUUGUUCCCUCCUGUUGUCCGCAGUAGGUGUCAUGUUCACGCUCUCUCCCUUUUUCAGGCAAGAAAUAUGAGGGCUGCUGUUGUAAACAUGUUUUAAAUGCUGGGGAGAUGUGUGAAGCUGACUGAACCUAAAAGUCUACCACACCUGUGCUCCCCCAUCAUAGUCAGUGUAUGUUUAGAAGGAUUGUAGUCGGCUUCUAAGUUCUGCCAUUCUAGUGUGAUACACAAGCCUUACUGUAUAUUACAUAGCAUGGUAGGUUAAGAAGUUUUCUGUCAGAAUACUAAGAGCUCACAUGUACCUUUCUCUCGAAGAGUCAAAGCUAGCCAUAAUAACUAUAAAAAGAAAAGGUAUUGUGUGAGUGUUACAAGGCAACUGUCACACAACAUAUUUUUGGGUGUUUUGCAAGUACGCACAACACUGUUAGCAUGUCAUUUAGCCAAAACCUGGAAAAUCAGCUCAGGCUUUGGGAUCGUAGGGGAGUUGAGCACACAAAAAUGAGAUUAAUUUCAUUCACUUGAAUCAUAUUCUUAUCACUCAAGAUAGUCCCAUUGAAAGGGAUUGUGUAGCAUGACAGGUUAAACAACACGCCUAAAAUCCUGAUCCUGCAAGAGAUAAAGGACUCUGAUGGGAAGAAGUUGCACUUCUGGUUCCCAGUUUGGAAGUCUAACCACUAGAUUACACUAAGAGAGAAUAUAUUUAUUUUGGGAUCGAGGAGGAUGUUUAUAUAGUCAUUGUUUAAGAACAUUCUGGCUAGCUUGUAUAGCAAAGGGGAUAUGAUGGGAAUUGUAGUUCAGUCCCAUAAUGGGGAAUGGAUACGUAGCACCUUAUGAUAACACAUAUGUGCUUUUUUUUUUUUAGCUAGAGCACAACAGCAGUAAAAAACCUUGAAAAUGUUCUAUAUGCCCUUUUUUGUGUGUUGGCAUCUAUUCUGUACAAGGCUAUGCAAAAAUAAAGUAGUUUGAAUAUCCCAAAUUACUACACACACACUCACACAUGCACACACAGACACUUUUGUCAUUUGAAUGUAAUUUAAAUUUUAGGGAUAGAUUACAAACCUUAACUAAGGAGUGUAUUUUGAGACUGUAAUGAAUCGGUCUGUUGCCUGUGUCCUUCAUAUCACAGACAUCAGCUGAAGGGACCAGAGUUUCAAACGUUUACUGCGUUGAAUGAGCAAUAAAUGCAAUGUCUUAGCACUUUGAGAAAAAAAAAAAAAGAAAACCAUUAAGAAACGGGUACUGCCAAGUCACUUUUUUCUCUUUUCUUCUCCUCCUUUGACUGUUUACGUGCCUGAUGUAGAUGUGGCCAGCCAGCCAUACCUUAUUUAACUUUUUGUUUUGUAAAAAAGAACCCAGACAGAAGACUGAGUGAGGAGUUGUUGCUAAUUUGGUUUUGUGACCAGACCAGAGUACCUUCGGAGCUGAUUGCACUUAAUAACGGAAGCUUGAAUUUAGGCAGGAAUCAUCUUGUAUUUUUCUCUUGUCAUUGCUAAGAUUUUUUUUCCUUGGUUCUGUUUAUUUUUUAAAUGUGUUAACCCUGGUGACUUUUGCAGCAGGAUAAUUGAAUUCUUCCACAGAACGGUGUGUUUCAUUCCACUACUGUGUCCCCACACUGUGUCAACUGCCUGUGCAUUUACAUUCUUAGCACUAGAUUGUCUAUUACAGUCAGAUCAUUGCUUAAAAAAGACUAUUUUGUAUUUAAAUCCUGCAUAGAGGUGGGGUUGUAAAUGUUUUGGGCAUGUGGGUAUGUUUUUUAUUGAUUUUUUUCUUUUAUUCAGUUUAUACCUGUGGCAAGUAGAACUGUCAGUCUACUUAAAAAAAAAAAAAAAAAAAAAACUUUACACAGGACUGUUCUUGUAGCCUGUGGGGUUGUUCUGUGUUUGGAAGUUUGUGUGUAGAGAGGAGCAGGUUCUUAAGUUAAGUUGGUAUUAUUCAUUUGGUAGUAGACAUCAGACAGUGAAAUACCAUCUCUGGCAAACUUGUGUUACCUUUCAGUGUACCAACAAACUUCUCUCACAACUGCCACACAAAACAGGUUCUUACAAAGCAAACAACACCAUUUUCCAAAACAAAUAGCAGAAUUACUGCUUUCAGAUAUAAUAACCAUUGUGGAAAAAGCAAGUCGUGAUCUGCAUAUAACCAGGCAGUUACUGUACAUGCAAGAGCUAGUGCAAACUUGUACAUAUAUAGUUACUUGAGUUUGUAUUUUAGUAUUUUAACCUACAGCUGUGGUACCUCCUUUUGAUCUUCCUUUCCUACAACCAGAAAUGUACGUUCCAGGAAAAUAGCACUUGGUAGGGGUUGAGAAGGCAUGUGAAAUUGUGUGUGUGUGUGUGUAUAUAUAUAUAUAUAUAUAUAUAUAUAUAUAUAUAUAUAUAUACACACACACACACACACACACACACACACACACACACACACAUAUAUAUAUUAUUUUGUCAUUUCAUAAUGCCAGUUGAUGUGGGGGAGCAGUAGGCAUAUACAGAGAUGAACAUAUUUUGUAUUGUAGUAGAACUUGGCGUAAAGUGAUUGUAUGUCUGUAUUUUAUUGUGCAGCACGUUUCUUUUUUGCCUCGUGCUGUCUUUAGACUGUGAUUUAGCGAUGUGCAGACUUGUGUCAUUCUGUGACCCUCUGUUGCACUAUAGAGUGAGGUCUUUAGAACAAGAUUAGCCAGUGUGUAUGGUAGCUGGGAGUAAUCUUUUUUUUUUUCCUCUUAUUUUCCCGGUUCUGAACUUUACAUAUAGUCAGUAUUUUGAUGUCCUACGAUUCUCCGCCUAUUACAGGACAUAAAGCAUCAUUGUUAUUCCCCGAAGGUACCUUUAUACAUUCACACCAUGUUCUACUACAGAUAAGUCAGGCCAUCACAAGGCUCAGAAUUUAGUCUCUCCCCUCUCAACAGAGGAAUAAAGUGUUUAGGCCUUAUAUUAUGUAAUGUUACAUAGAAGAUGACUGUUUCGUCCAUUAUCUCAUUACACAAAGUAGCCUUCUCCCUGAAGCAAUGGAGGUAGUACUUAGGUGCCAUCAACAUGUUUUUAUGUUUGACAGAGGGGAUGUGUAUUCCAGUCAAUAUUUUAUUGCUUAUUGUUGCCCUCUUUGACACAGCAUAGCAUGUAAUAUUGACAUAAAACUGUUGUACUUCAUUGGUGUUCUAUGGAUGACAGUUCUAGCCGAUUGCAGGGCUCAGUGUUUCAACCCUUUUAUAAUGUUCUGCAAGGAAGUACAGGCUUCAUUCAGUCCAUUACAAAGUUCUGAAAUAUAUACCCUUUGUCUUACCUUCAUCAAGGGGCACAGUGAGUAUGCCCCCUACAGAAAAGCUGCAUACAACACUGCAACUUCCUGUCACCCAGUUAGAGUCUUUUGUAUUUAGAGGUAGGCAUUUUCAUUUUUCUAGGGUAUAUGGACACUGAAGCAUGGCAAGGGAAGUAAAAACACGCACUUUUUAUAACAAAUGCAGAAAUAAAAUGACAGGGUAAGCACUUUCAUGGUUUUACAUCCUUUCAUCAGACCAUGAUAUACUACUAGUUCCAUUGCUACUUAUUUUUCUAGGGUAAACUUUUUGCGAAACAUUACUUAACACUUCCCCAACCUGAUAACCUGAUCUUUUCCUGUAAUGAGGAAUUAUAGUGGCACAGUUUUAAGGUUAGUGCUGUUUAGCCUUUUACUUUGUUCAAUGGAAACCAUGGUGACGCAGAAAUGACAGAAGUAGCACAUUUACGAUUCCCUCACAACUACAAGAAGCACCCCACAGGAGCACAAAACAAGGGUAUGCACUAUGUCUUGGGAGUUCUGUAGAUACUUUGUGUAGGGUUCAUUUGAAUUUGUAGUCUGAACAUUUUGAAAUGCUUGUUCUGUCAACAACAUUUCUGUUUUGUGAUGACAACUGCUUCAUUUGCAACAGUGCACAAAUGAACAGUUAGGAAAGGUUUUUACACAAGCAGUUACCACAGCUUAACUUUUAUGUUUUUAUCUUUAUUAGAUUAAUGGGGGGUGUUUGUGUGUGGGAGGGAGCAUGUGGAUAUAGUGUGGGCUGGAGAUGUUGGCUGAGGUUCGAAUUUCACUGGAAGCAACGCUUUAUCACUAGCCAUUAAUUUUGCACUAGAUGGUUAUCCUCACAGAUUUGGGGAUUUGAUUGCACCUUCACCACUACACUUUGUUGCCUUAACUGCUUAAAAUUUCAGUAGGGCAACUUAUUUUUAUUAUUAUUAUUAUUAUUACUUUGGUUGAAUAACCAUAAAGAAAAGGAGUGUAAAACAGUGGUAUUUUAUUAAUGUUAUAAUUAAUGAUAAUGUGGAUGUGAUAAAGCAUUGCUAGUGUCACUGGUGUCCUGUUGGAUUUUAGGAGGCAGAACAUUUAACUUGUAAAAUAUAAGAACAGUGUCAUUUUAGUGAAUGUUGGUGUAGGCUGUUUCACUGUAACAUCACUUGUGUAAAUGGGAAAUGUGAAGCAGUGUUGCUUAGUGUUGUUUGUGUGGUUUUGAAGCUGCCUCCCAUUAGUACUGUGAAAGAGAGCUCUUGGCUGAUUAGCCAGAGUUCUCUGCUCUGCUCUACAGUCCAUGUGUGUCAGAUAUUGCUUUUCCGUUGAAGGGUAGGGGUGUCUCAGCACAUUACCCUCAGAGCAUUCAUGCACCAAUGUGAUAACCACAAAUAUGUGAUUCCUCAUGUCCUCUCCAAAGACCCAAGAAAUAGCACUGUAUGUAUGGGAGAAGGCUUGCUGAUUGUAGCAUCUGUAAAAUUCAGAACCUGGGAACAAAAAUGAUGAUUUCACUAUUGAUUUAAAGUAGUAAAUGGUUUUCAUGUAGUUCAUGGAAGUUGUUUCUUUGAAAGAACACAUUUGAGAUGCUAGACACCUUCAGAAAUGCUUAUCUCUGGAGUAACCAUGUAGAACUAAUUUUGGGUUGGGUGGUGUGGGUAGUUAAUGGCCUAGUGCCCUAAACCUGCAGUUUUCAAUAUGAAAUGCACUUUACUAGCUUUAUGGAAGUGGCUGCUGGUCUUUUCUUCACUUGCUCUUUUUAGAUUUUAACAGUUUUAAAGUUGAAAAGGAAAUGUUGCCAGGAUUUUCUCAAGACUGUUCUGAGAAGGAUGUUUUGUGCUUUUGAAGCUAUAUGUAUGUAUACACCAACCCACCUACCCACACACAUAUGUAUGUAUUGGGUACAGAUAGAUUACAUCAGACAAACAUUCUAACUUCUAGGUUGGCAUUUUUUGAAAUUGCUAAUCACUGAGUGAUCACUACCUGACAUCAAGAUAAUCCAUAGUAGCUUACCAUAUCUGGUCCAACAUUUUCACAUUCUCUACAUUGCUGAUUUCACAAACAUAUGAGACAUUACAGAAUGGUGGUGCAGCAGAUAGCGUUGCCACCUCACAGCAAUAGGUUCUCCGGUUCGAUCCUCAGCAGGGGUGCCUUCUGUGCGGAGUCUGCAUGUCCUCCCUGUGGUCGCAUGGGUUUCCUCCAGGGGCUUCAG